CCUACCUACCUUGUAACUUAGUAGGCUAACAUUGCGACAGGAGGUUCGGCAACUUGCGACGGAAACCCUACCUUCGCCCUAUUUUUCAACUUUGCAUCUACAACUUUAGAUGGCCUUUCCCUACCACCUAUUCGUGACGCCAUCAUAGGCCUCCAUCUGUGGAGUUUAUUUUUUAUCUCAAAUCUAUACCAUUUCUUCCUCUCAUUCAUAUAUAUUAUAUUUCUACCCAUCUAACGUCCUUAACUACCUAACCCAGGUAGUCCGGCGAAUCAUUCGUCAUAUAAGUCGAGCUCGACUUGUCUCCCUUUUCGGCCCCCGAAUUUAUUGCGCUGCUAAUAAUGGGGGGAUACACUAAGAGAACAGCGGCGAUCACGUCCGCGGGAAUACGAAUCGUCUCAAUCGUCUUUCUACGAUGGGUCGCUUUACCCCCUUUUCUUCCGAUAAUUUAUACACUAUUUGCAAUAUAUCUUCCAUCCUUCAUCUCGACUUACGCCACCGAAUCUAAAUACGAACUUAUUGACGAAGUCGAUAUAAUCCUUAAGGAGGAUAUCUUGAAUAAAGAUGAUAUUGCCAAUGGAUCAACUAAUGAAGCCGUCAUAGUUGAGGAAGUUGAUGUUGAAGAGACAGCAGAAAUCGUGAAGAAGCCUCUAAGUCCUCUUAGCACCCUCUUAAAAGGGACCCCGAACCCGAAUAGCUUUUUCUUGACGGCAUUAACAUUCUUGCUUAAUGUUGCCUGCGUCGCGAUGGUCACUGACAUGGUAUACACACCCCGGUGGUUCCAUCCCAGUCAUGACCUUUCUUUUGCUCGCGUUGGAUACGUCUCAGACAGCGAGGCGAAAUUACUGAUCCGGGAGCCCGAUCAGACCAAAAUGCCCAUCACUGUUCAAGUUCACAUCAAAGAUGCACACCCACCGUUUGAUAACCCUCUAUGGCAAACAGCUGGCAGUAUCCUUUCGACGACUAACGAGACUGACUUUACCGCGGUGGUCAAUAUUCCCCUGAGCCAUUCUAAGCAGCGGGUGUACGAAUGGACCACCUCGAACAAUCACUCGGGUGAAUUCACAUCUGCCCCUAAGCCGGGUUCCUUACCAGAGCUUUUUGAUGGCAAAUUUACCUUCCUAUCUACCUCGUGUAUUGUUCCGCGUCUUCCCUAUUCUCCGUUAGACCACCCCUUAGCUUUCCCAGGCAUGAAACAUCUGGCGAAAGUAUUACCGAACUUGGGCGCGCAGUUUAUGUUGUUCCUUGGCGAUUUCAUUUACAUCGAAGUACCCCAGCGAUUCGGCGACUCCGUUGAGAAUUAUCGACAGAAAUAUCGCCAAGUCUAUGCUUCACCCGACUGGCCGGCUGUAGGCCAAAAUCUUAGCUGGAUUCAUGUUCUUGACGACCACGAAAUCUCUAACGACUGGGAUUCGAAGUUGACUGGUGUAUAUGAAACGGCCGUAGACCCCUGGCACCAUUAUCAGACCGCGGUAAACCCUCCGGAGGCUAAGAAGGCUGGAGGUCAGGGCAUCGUAUCGCGCAAAGGGGCCACGUACUUCUCGUUCAUUCAAGGACCUGCUAGCUUUUUUAUGCUUGACACCAGAAGUUAUCGAUCCAAGAACUCGGAGCCGUUCGAUAGCGAAAACAAAACGAUGCUUGGCGAUACACAACUCGAAGAUUUCCUUGAUUGGGUGCGCCGCCCAGAACCCAAGGGGGUUAAGUGGAAGAUUGUUGCCAGUUCCGUCCCAUUCACGAAGAACUGGAGAGUGAAUACCAAGGACACCUGGGGUGGCUUCCUCUCCGAGCGCCGAAAGAUUCUCGAGGCUAUGUGGGAUGCUAGUAGCCAUGGAGUAGGCUUUGUGAUCCUAUCCGGAGACCGCCAUGAAUUUGGUGCGACAGCCUUCCCGCCGCCGAAGAACAGCACAUGGUCAGAGAGUGCGACUGUCCAUGAGUUCUCAGCAAGCCCUCUUAACCAGUUCUUUUCGCCUAUCCCUACCUACUCACAGACAGACGAUGAAGACGUCCAGCUCAAAUAUAUAAACGCGGGCAACUCGAAGUUUGGCGCGAUUACCAUCGAGAAGUUUGCAGAGGGCGAGCAGAGCAGCUUGAAGUACACCGUCUAUAUUGAUGGCGAGGAGAGGUGGAACACCGUGAUACUAUCGCCAGAAUCGUUACAUCCGGCCAAGACAGGGGGUUCUUUCUGGGACAGACUCAGGGGAAUUUGACCCCAAUAUAGGUAAUCUCACAUAUAAUACACAGCCAGCUAUAUGCUCGCUUACAUGCUCUCGGUUGAGCAUCGAAUUUGCUGGGCAGAUGAAUAGACCAUAGUUUUUAAUGCCAAACGACGGACGCAA